GACUCGGUUCGCGUAGUCCUCGUGAUGGUCGUCGCGUGACGAGAUCGCCUAGAUCAGCGAGACUUUCGACGCCACAGGGUCCACCGCCAAUCGCGUCUCCACACCAGCUCCAAGCUGCAAAUCAUAGAGCAGGAGGUCUUGGUGUUGGACAGGUGAUAUCCACUUCUAGUUCAACCAAGACGUUGAGCACUUCUAAUACUAUGCAACAAGUGAAUAUUGCUUCGAGUACAACUAGUACACCUGUCGUGGUGCCGUCCUCAUCUGGAGGCAACAACUCUUCAGCAUCUUCCUCAGCUCCUCCGACGUCUUCUGAAGAGGAAUUCUUCACAUCCGGUGGGAUAAAGACUACACCUACGACCUCGCGUCUUCGGAAGCCGAAAACCAGUGCACGUGGUACUAGUGCAAGCAAACAUCAUUCGUCAAGAGGAACAUCAAGGUCAGGUUCAUUUGGAGCAUCAAGACAUGCAGAUGAUUCUCCACGACCACCACCACAGCCACGUGAUGAAAAAGGAGGAGCCAAAACAAAAGUUGUAGACAAGAAGUCUCCAGACUCAUCUGCUGUCUUAGUGAACGACAUGGAGAGGGCACCAGCAGUUUUCUCUCGUCCAAACCAGUUUUCUAAGAAAACACCUAGCAGUCGAACAAGUGGCAGGAGCAGCAACAGCAGUGCUGAGGAACAAGUUGUACAACCAGAGCAGUUGCAGAUGAGACUAGGAAGUAGGACUGGUGCCAGUGCGGCAAGUACUUCGACGUCGACAUCCUCAUCAAGCAGGAAUUCGUCCAAGCCAGGCAGUGUCGACGGUGGGGACAUCAAUUAUGCACAAGAAUCUAGUAGGACACCAGUAGGAGCUGUAGCUCCUGCGGAGAAGUACUACACCGCAGUUCCGACCAGGAAUUCGUCCAAGCCAGGCAGAAGUGUCGACGGUGGGGACAUCAAUUAUGCACAAGAAUCUAGUAGGACACCAGAUAGAACCAAUUAUGCACAAGAAUCUAGUAGUACUUCUCCGCAGGAGCUGAUUUCGAAGUACUACACCGCAGUUCCAAUUGAUGACGGUCCCCCCAACGCGCAGCAAAUGUCGAGGAAGCAGACUGUAGCACGACCUUCCGCCAUGAGCACUCCGAGUGCUUCUACCCUAGGCUCAGCAGGUGGAAGCUUUGGAACGCUGUCGCUAUCGGCUGGUGCUCUUGGUACAACGACGCUUCGACGAGUUGCUAGUCAUGAGACGACUCCAGUUGCUUCUUCAGGAUCAGCGAAUGGUCGUAGUACCAGGAAUUUGUCGAAACCACAAACUGCUAGAAGCGCAAAAGAAAGCGUGAUAUUGGCGACGCCAGAGAAGGCACAACAUGCACAGCUUUCUAGUACUUACAACAACAACAACCUUAAUAACCAUUCAAAUGUUGUGUAUGUGGUUGGUUCGGCGCCACAUCCUCCGACGACAUCUAAGGCUGCUAGUAUCAGAACGUCUUCGGGAGGACGCACGACUACAGGAGCAUCGUUGAGAUCAACGUCGCGAGAGCAGCAAGACGAGCAAAAAGGUGGUCAAGGUGCGUUCUAUACCCCACCUACCUCAGCAGCUUCUUUAGGAGCAGUCGGUGGAGCUCCUUCGGGACGUGUUCCCACAUCCGGCACCACAACAACUUCUGCGGCACAUCGUAAAUCUCUACCUCCACCUGUUCCUCGGAAAGCCUCACACGGCGAACAGCAACUCGCAAGUGAAGUUGUGCCGAGUGUGAGUGCAAACGGGCAACAACAAGUGCUGCAGCAUAAGAAGAUCAUGAACAACGAUUUCGCUGGGGCACCAUCUUCAUCUCAACACCCUAUGGCCGCUACAGGUGGGGCGUUUCAACAAGAGGAAGAUGACGGAGGUGUUGAGCGUGUUGCUAGACGACCUCGCAGCAGUGACAAACCGUCGUAUCGUGUUAUGUCACUCGGAGGAGGUGAUCAGAGUAGACCUCCUGGAGUCAUGCCCUUACCAGGAUUGAGGAUAAUGCAACCAAGGAUGCCGCCGACACAGGUACUUCAUUUCUUUUUGUUCAUGAGGUUAUUGUUACAUCAAGAAGAAAUAGGGGACAGUAGAGUUUUAGAGAGACUUGUAACUACACCGUUUCAUCAAAAUCCAAAUCUACUUGUUUCAUCAAGUUCUCCUUGUUUUUCUUGCGAAAACACAACUCUACGCUACCACUACCAAUCUCAAUCUGAAGGUAAUGCAGCCUGUUUCUUUGGGUAUCGAAGUCCUUCGCCACGCAUCGAGCUCGCCGACAACAACAAAUCUUCACGGUCACGCUCCUGGUCAGCUCUUCCAACCAAUGCUAUCCGCUCUGUCUCCGAGACCACAGGUAAUAUUGAUACAUGCUGGACGACGAUAGAAUCAGAACACUCGACAUCCUCGCAAAGAAAUAAGAUCCUGCUAAAGAUUACUUUCAUCUUCAUCUAAUUCAUCUAAGUGGUUCUAAACUCUUUACCACGACAGCGCCUCCUGGGACCACAGCAGACACGGGGCCGGACAACCGGUAUGAUCCGCUUGAGCUCGCCUAGUGGAUUAUAGUUCUUGGAGAGUUGUACAGGGAAGAGGGGCAGCAGCGAUCUGUCAAAAAGAAUUAAAGCAAUUUUGUCUCUACUUCUUGCACGAUGAGGAUUUUCAUCUCAACCUUUUAUUUUUGAACAUCAUAUUGCCAAUUUUUCAGAUCAGAAAAUUCAACGUUUUCGAAUCUUCCUUGAACAACAGCAGACAAGAACUGUCAUAUACUAAAAAUAUUUUCCUUAAUAAUUUUGAUGUCAAAAUCAAAGAUUAAGCUCAGAUAAUGCUCUGCUUUUUUAUCUUUGUCCUCAAGAAUUCUCUUUCACUAGUAUCAGAGCUGAAACGCACCGCUGAUGGAGCUGCAGCUGCCAGCAGAGGAUCGGAGUGAUCAGGAAAAAGAUGAUCAACGAAAUAUGUAAG